GCUCGUCAUUCCAUCUCCGCAUCAUUGCUCAGUCGCUGAUAUUUGUCGAGCACGAGGCUGGCAUCCUUGCAAAUCUAUUAUGGGCCUAUCAUUUAAGAGACAAAGCGCAUGCUCAGGUACAAUCUCCCUAUCAAUCAUGCUCUUGAAGAAGCUGGAGCACGCCGGCCCGGCUCGAUACUCACAGACCUCGCGCGGCAGAUGAUUACGGCUCAUCAUCGCGGCGAUGAGUGCCAGCGAGGCUUUGAAGGGUAACGCCCCCACCUGAUCAGUACGGGACUUUCUCCUCUCAAUUAUGCCCAUGCUCAACCAUGCCUCAACGUGCUCCAAAGACGAAGAGCAAAUCAGCUCGCCGCAGGCCGAUCAUCGACCAUACGCCGCAGGAGAUCUCAGACGGUGAAGACAUGCAGUUCAUCGCCAGGCGCUACACGCCAAAGAGGAAGCGUGAUGAACCCGAGUCUGGCUGGCCCUCGUCUUCCUCAUCAUCAACGGCCAGCACGUCUCGUCCUAGCCAGGGGAGAAGCAGUGAUCCAUGCGCAUCUUCCUCCUCUCGGCCAAGGCUAUCCUCGUCGGGUCAGCCCAUCAAAGAAGCCAGCUCGAACGACGAUUCCGAUGUAGCAUUCAUUGGGCAGAGACAAGCCGCUGGAAGCCCGGACUGGCCAACGGGGUUCUCCAUGUUCCGUGGUGGCGCCGGAGAAGGCAAUACGACCAUUCCAGACGACGAUGACCAUCUCCCCAUGCUCCGGCCUGUCCAUUCCUCUCACAGGCACACUGUGCGACGUAGCUCCAGCCCGGUUGCAAGGAUCGCAAGAGCCACUCGGCCCCACGAAAGUCUUCCAGCCCGACGUUUUGGACUCGUAGAUUCGGCAGCCUCCAGCUCUACUAGUCCAUUGUCGCAGCACCUACCCACUCCGACCAGUAGCGCGCAGAGAGCAGCAUCAAGCUCCAGCAUGACUUUGCCAACAAUCAGCUCGCAGCGAGCUGAAUCGACCCCAUCCACCGUUGCCACGACACCCGCAUCAAGCACGCAAAUCACGCCGGUGGACAAGGAGAAGGGGAUCGAUCUUGAAAUGAGAGAAGAUUGAUUGAUGGGAGAGGACAGUGCAGUGGGUGGCCAGAGCUGUGGAGGAAAGUGUUCGUCGUGGUAUGUUGGCAGAUGGCAGAGGAUGUGCUCGAUGCCUUGCUAUUGAUCUAAGAUAUUCGACCCGAAAGGG